AUGGAUCUCCUUGCGGCAUGCGAAGACCUCGCCGCGAAUGUUGCAGCCUUCGAUGUCACCGAGGAUGAUUUAUAUGUUUAUAUUUCCGAGGACGAUUUGAAAAUGUGGCAAAUGCUCUUCGGAUUUUCGCCGGGCUUAGCUUUCAACACAAUUAAAGCUUGGAGAGCCGACUUCACUCGUCUGGCCAUCUCGGAAGAAGCAUGGCUUCUAGUCAGAGAAGCGAAGAUGGCUGAGGGAUACAACAAAGAGACUUAUGAAUUUAGUCUAUGGAGGGCGCAAAUGAUCCUGAAGGAUUCGCGCACGUCCAUCAAUAAGCUAGAGGCCAAAGAUGAGGAAGCCAAGUAUCUCCUUCAGCUGAAAACCGACCCUUCCUCGAUGAUAGAAUAUCUAGACUUGAUGCGCUGCCUCCCCAAGAAACAAACAAUCCUCACUGGCUUAGACGACCAUGGGAACAAAGCGGAGUUUUGUCUGUUAACUGGCAGCCAGAAAGUAGAAUUCCUUCAGGCCAUGUCUAAGAAGCGCCCUUUCUACAAACCCACGAUGAUUCGUACAUCUGUGGCGGCGAAGGAUCUAUCUUCGACGUCUCUCUACCCGACACUCGGAAUCAGCACAACUUUUCCACAAUUCCGGCCAGAUAAUCACCACUUAGAAUGUGCUUCUACAUCCGAUUCAACCUCACUCUUUCGACCGGCACAGAAUGAAUAUCCCGUUUGGUACUUCUUCUACGGCACACUUACCGAUCCCAGCAAACUCUCUCGAGUCAUUGGCCUGAACAAGGAGCACCCUGUCGUGUAUGAACGGGCUAUUAUUCGUCGAGGACGACUCUGUACACUAGAUGGGAAAUAUCUGUCGUUGGUAGAUGCAGGCGAGCAUUCGAAAGUUGACGGAUGGGCCUAUCAGAUCAAGAACCAGGACGAGGAAGAUUCGCUUCGAGUGUACGAGACGGGGGUGUAUGAGGUGGUUCGAUGCACAAUUGAACUCGCGAAUAAACCAGAUGCUAAGGUUCAGGGACUUACUUUCAGAUUGGUUGAUGGGUUAUUCGGACCAGAUUAA